AUGCAAUCGCAUGUCAGCCCCGAGGUGAUGGACGAGGUCCUAAACAGUCCCGAAAUGAUGGCAAAGAUCUAUUGGACUGAAGAACCGAACAGAGAGUGCAGUGGCUGCGGCAAACGAAAGUCCCCCACAGUUAUAUUGAAGAAGUGCAGCGGGUGUUACUGGAAGGAGUACUGUUCCUCAGAAUGCCAGAAAAAAGACUGGCCUGUCCACAAAACCAUCUGCCGUGAAAGACAAGCGACACGGCGUGACCUGGAGGAGAUUCAGAAGGGCAUGUGGACAGACAUAUACGACUGGAUACCCCGUCACCGCCAGCCCAUGUUCGAUGCCCUCAUGGCGGCACUAAACCUUCGCCAUCAUCCACAUGCUCACGAGGACUUUUUCCUUGAGCUGGAAUUAGUCUACAAUGCCCAGGAGAAGACCGUUCGGAGACGCUUUGAGCUGCAGUCUGCCGCCGUGAGGGAUUGGCAGACCUUCCUCGACAAUGACUAUGAGGGGUUUUUCGCCCGCCGCUACGCAGAUCGAUUGCAGUUUGAUGAAGAGUCCAAGAAGCAUCCUGGUGGGUACGGAUGCGCAUACGCUAUCAUCUCCAUGGUCCUUCCGGGGGGAGAUUCGAGACUAUUCACAGACGUACCAUAUCGCCUCAACGUAGCUCAUGUGACGGGGCUAGCGUAUGGGUUAACAACGUGGAGGACAGAACUAGCGCGAGAUUUGGAAAAGAGUGCAGGGAGGCAAAAGGGAGGUAAAAAGAAAGCUGGGAAGAAGUAG